AUGCCCAAACGCCCCAAAAAGCGCCGCGGGAACCCCGAAUUCCGGGAGCCCCGAAUCGCUCGGAGAACACAAAGCCGGGCGAGCGUGGUUUGCACAAAAACGGAGCCCCAGACCCCGCGGCUCCCGGGAGUCCCGAACUCCGGGAGCCCGAAAUCCCGGGAGUCCGAGGAAUCCCCGUUCCCGGGAGCCCCCGGCGCCGGGAGCGCCCGGUUUUCCCGGUCCCGGAAGCUCCAAAUCCCGCAAUUCCCGCCGUCCCCAAGUCCAGGAGUCCCGAAUUCCGACAGCCCCAAAAUCCCGGGAGAACCAGGUUCGGGGACCCCCAAAUCUCUGCAAUCCCCGCAAUUCCCGAGCCCAAGAGUCCCAAUUCCCGACAGCCCCAAAAUCCCGGGAGCUCUGGAAUCUGGGAGCGUCCAAUUCCGUGAUUCCCGCGAUCCCCGCGCCCCGGAAUCCCGAAUUCCGGGAGCCCCAAAUUCUGAGAUCCUCGAAUCCCGGGAGUCCGAGGAAUCCCCAUUCCCGGGAGUGCCCGGUUUUUCCCGGUGCCGGGAGCCGCAAAUCCCGGGAUUCCCGCCAUCCCCAAGUCCGGGAGCCCCAAAUUCCAGGAGCCCCCCUCAAAUCCCGGGAUUCCCGGGAUCCCCCGUGCCCGAAUCUUCCCCCAAACCCCGGGAUUCCCGGGCUCCGUGGCGGGCGCUGCUGGCGCUGCUGGGGCUGUGGCCGGGGCUGUGGCCGGGCCCGGGGCUGGCGCUCGCCCCCCGCCCGCGCCCCCCGCCCACGGACACGCGCGGGGACCUGGACAGCGUCAUCAACCUGGCCAAGGCCCUGCUGGGCGACACCAAAGCGUUCCUGGAGCUCCUCAAGUCGCGAUUCCCGGCCGAGGGGGAGCACAAGCUGGACUCGCUGCCCGUGCUGGCCAUGAGCGCGCUGGAGCUGCCCAACAUCCAGGCCGCGGCGCUGCUGCCCCGCCUGGGCUCGGACCUGCUGCGGUACCAGCGGCUCCUGGAGUGGCUGCGCCGGGCCGGGGGCGCGCUGCGCGGGCUGGAGCCGGAGCUGGCGGCGCUGCGGGGCCGCCUCGAGCGCCUGCGGGGCCGCCUCGAUCACCUGGUGUCGCGGCUGUCGCUGCCCCGCCCCGCCGCGCCCCCCCCGGCCCCGCCCCCGCCGCAGGUGUCGCCGUGGGGCGCGGUGCGCGCCGCGCACGCGGUGGCGCGGGGGCUGCACCUGUACCUGGACUGGGCGGCGCGCGGGCUCGUCCUGCUGCGCCAGCGCCUCUGA